CACAUCAGGUCCUCGGUAUACAGGAACUACACGACUACACAAGUACACAUUAUUAACUACUGAUUUAUUAACGAUAGUGUGUGGUCAUUAAAGGGACCACAUGUUAAAAAUGACGCAGAUGAGCUGUAAUUAUGGCUGAGCCCGUGGAGGAUGAUGUGAGCAUUCUGGGAAUACACGAGGCCACAGGACAUAUAUCACCCAGCUCUGACAAUCAAUUACCCAGCACCGAGUGUCACGCGGGUGGCACAGACUUUCGGGUGCCUGAGCAUCGUCCAACUGGGGCACUCAGAGCACCAGUUGUCCCUUUUCAGCCACGGCAGGAGAGGAAACAUUCAGCAGGACGAGUGUUGCCCGGUAGUGGUUCAGACCGAGGUAGUCCCUAUUCAUCCGCCAGUCCUACAACCAGUCCACGAACUCCAGAUAGAAGUCCUAACUAUAACAUUGAUGCGUCGGGCUCCACAUACGCUCUGCAGGUUGCUCUCAGAAACAUGAAGGAGAGAUAUCACAAACUGCAGAAGAAAAUGGCACUAAUAGAAGAUGAUAACCAGAGGCUUAUUUGUGGAAAGUCGGAAUUAUUCGGAGAAAUUGGAAAACUACAGGAAAAUAGUAUUAAACUCAGAGAAAAAAACUUACAGUUGAACCAAGAGAUACACACGAAACACCAGGAAUGCUGCUCGCUUAAGGAGAAGUUUUCUUCCAUAACUACAGAAAAUAUGAAUCUCACAAGACAGCUGGCCAGAGCUUCACAGGAGAACAGAAAACUGACCAAGCAGGUAAAUAACUUGAACGAUGAGAACAGAAGAUUGAGAGAGAAGCUGAGCCUAAUAACAACACAAGUUAAAGCUUUACCUGGAGGGGCAGGCCUGGCAGUUUCAGCAGCAGAGAUGCCAACACCACCGAGGACUAAGAUUGUUCCUCUCUCAGAGGAACUUGAUAGCUUCGAUGAUCCUCCAUCUAGGUUCACAACAUCAUGUAAAGAUACUCUAGAUGACUAUGAACAGAUAAGCAGUAAUGAAAUGGGUGAUUUGACUUCAACGUGGGGCAUGUCAGAUGAAGAGGACGAACAGCUGAUGAUGUCAUUACAGUCUGCCACAAGACGCAUGAAAGAUCUUCUCACCAAUUUACAGAAACAGAACCAUAGUCUGCUACUGCUGUCUCCCAUACUGGAUUCUCUGCCUUCCUCUCAUGGUUCUCAAACAGGUUCUCGAUUUGAUGCCAACAAUGAACACAGUCCUCGGACCAUGUCAAAAAAUGGAACUCUUGGUCAGCGAGACCGUGAUCUGUCAACUUUAACACUCACUCCUUCCACACCAAGCCAUCUUGAUGAGACAAGAAGUGAAGCAGCAGAUGAUGAGGGAGGCUGUCAAAGUCGACUGGCAACGUGUGGAUCGGUUGUCAACUCUAAUUUUAUUUGUGAAGGAGGUUUAAAUAGCCCUCCAAUAGAAGAUAGCGGUGGUAGCAACAACAUUCUCAUGGAUGCCAAUAACGCUGCAGAGGAUCGACCACAUAGUCCGUUUGAUUGGAGACAAGUUCAGAUGAGUGAUGACGAAGGUCGUGAGAAUGACUCGUCAAGGCCUUAUACACGGACAGUGAGUACCUCACCAGUCCCAGCGCUGCAGGGUGAGGUGGACCGUAUAUGUCCAAUGUGCAAUGCCGUGUUUCCUCAUGUUAUCCCACAGGAGUCAUUUGAAUCCCAUGUUGUUAGUCAUUUUGAAGUCGAAAACGGCUUUGAGGUGAUCACAUGAGUAUUGUGUUAUACUAGGUAAGUCUGUGAUCAAGAAAAUUUUUAUAUUGACUGUAGAGUUUAUGACUUAUUAGAAACUGAUGGGGUGUUUUUCAUAUCCCUUUCAGUAAUACAGUUGUGGUUCGUCAAGUACACCAAAACAUUUACUGAAUUUAAGGUGCUUAGUGUUGAUGGAUAUUUAAAGGCCUGUUAAGCCUGUAUGUCUACAUGACAAAAAUAGACAUCUAAGUGUAUCAGUACCAUGGUGUAUGACAAGUGUUUUAAGUGAUAUAGAACAAACUGAGGCAUGUUUGUUGAAGUAGCAAGAAUAUGACAUUAAAAGCAUAUCUUAAACUUAUGCCAAGCUUGUGUUUAGAGUAUACUGUGCUUGAAAUAUAAACGUGAAUCAUCUUCCAUUUCAAAGUCAGUGAAUUUAACUUUGACUCAAGAAAAUGGUGGAAUAUAUAUGUACAGAAAAAGAAAUUCAAAACUUCUUAAAGUACUGUACUGUGUAAACUUCUUUUUCUCUAUUUGACAUGUAGGAAAUGAUCCAGGCUAGAGCAUAUGUACCAGUGGCUGCCCUUGAUCUUGUCAUUGGUAAAUACUGUCUUUGACUUAAUCAUAAAGUAAAAUUAUUACUCUAUGAUGGACUGAUGUAAUGUACCAAAUCCACUUAAUAUGACAUUUUUCUCACUCACUCACUCACUCAAAGAUGGGGGACAAUGGAUUUCUAUGCUGGUGUGAUGCAGGACUGUGUUGUAUAAGUUUCCCUGUUCAGGCUGCCCUCAUUGGUACCAGGGGUUGUGUUAGUAGAAAAGAUUAUAAAAGAUGGGUUAUGUUUUGAGCCAUAACCAUGAGUACAGUAAGGUAUGAAUUAGGGACAAAACAUUUCCAGGGAUGAAGUUUGUCAAGUUUAUUUCACACAAGGUACCAAAUGGAUGGGUACAGAUGUGCUGCACUGUAAUUUAUCAGUCGAGUUAUUUUAUAGGGAGCAGAGUAGUCACUAUAAGUAUCUGAAACAUAUGGAACCGCCAAGAACGUGAACUAAGUAGGUUGAGAGAGAGAGAGAGUACUGGAAGGAAUAACCUAACACUAGCUCUCUUCCUCUCCACAUUUAGACUUGCACUACUCUUGAUGUAGUUGGUCUCCUCUAUUCAUACCACAUGCCCAAACCGUCUCGGCCUACUUCUAUGUAUGCUUUUACGACAUCAGAUCAUUAUAAGAUUGAAUAGAUCGGAUUGUUGUCUUUGGGAAGGAGAUUAAGGUAUUUACUGAUGUUCUGAUUGAGAAUUGAGUUCAGAAAAUAAUUUGAGUUUUAGUCAUAACCUCACAUGUCAAGAUCUUAUUCACAUUAUACUUACAGACUAACCAAUAUGGAUCAGUCAGUGCCUUGUAACUAGCACUUGUAGUAAACGUAUAUGAUUUCUUUAUAUGUAUCGAAAGAAAUAACGACGUGAAAAGGACAUGUGGAAAUUAUAUGGUGAAUUAUAUGCCAAAGGUACAAUAUAAGAAUGUAUAAGUAAGGAAACAUGUAUGAAGUGAGAGAAGAUAGAGUUGGAAACGUCAUAAACAGAGUCACUUGAGUAUAAAACAUUGAAACACUGAGGAAAUUCUAAUGCAGGUUGUUUCAUUCAAGCGUCAGGAUGAAUGAGUUGGUUGUAGCAUUUGUAAAAUUUUGUACAAUUGUUUCAUGUGAUGUAGUUAAGAAUGGCGAGAGAUGUGUACAUGUCCCUAUGGAGUAAUAAAUGGUGAUGUGGAGUCAUGUGCUGUGUGAGUAUUAUGUGUUAAAGAGUUCUUAUGUUGGCCAAUAUCCUUCACGACUGGGAGGUGGCAUAUUGGCAUCUGUAAACUAGAAGUGAGUAUUUCUAAUUGGAAAAAUUUGUUAUCCAUUUAAGAAAUACACAGAUUCUAGGUGAUUUUUUUUUCCCCAGUUAUAGUAUUUGCAAUUGCAUAUGUUGUAUUGUCAGGUUCAGUUUCCUUGUUUUAUGCUGGAAAUAUACUGAAACCUGUACUGCUCUGUGUUAAGAAGUGCUUCAUUAUUAAAGCUAACAAAACUCGAUAUUAAAUACUGUACAUGACAAAAAUAUAAAUUAAAUACAACUUCUUCCCCAUUGUGAUUAUAUACUGUACUGUCCAAUAUACAGUAUGAUUUAACAGUCGGUUAUCAGUAAUCAUGAACUAGACUAUUCCAAACUAAGCAUUUAAACAUUUACUUAUUCUUAACUUAACCCUAUUUAAGUUUAUUCUUGUCAUUAUCUAUAACUAUUCCAAGUCAUCUCAACACAGGUACUAGUUUCUGUCAAGUCACCUGGUAUGUGUAAAGGUCAUAGGAUUAAGUUCUAGUAUGAAUAUAUAAAGGAAUGUAAUUUGAGCAUGUAUAAUAAAUUAAUUACUAGAUGAUAUAUAUAUGUAGAGAAAGAGAGAGCUUUGAAUAUAUAGUUUUAAUAUUUUUUUUUUUUUUUGCAUUUUGCAUGUCGUUUCCCUGCAAUAAUGGACGGUGGCUGGAAUCAAGAGUAAAUACACACACAUAUUUUCUCUUCUUUCAUUGUUAUUUCUGUAGUAAUUGUCUUUGAUACUCCUCUUGUGCAUUCAACAAGGUCCUUAAUAUUCAUCUGAUGAUACCCCCUGUCGCUUCACACAACCCAGCGUCACCCAUCAACACACACGCAUGAAUGCACACACGCAUGCACAUUUUGUUACUUCCUGAAGAUUCAUCCCCCUUAACACCACUCCUCCCAUCUUCGUUGUCUUCCCCUCUCCUUCCUACCAUCCACUUCUGAAUUAUUUUGUACCUUUUAUCAGUCUCUCUCCCCAUUCUCUUAACACAUCCAGACCAUCUAAUAUAACUCUGCCUCUCUGCCUCACACUACUUCUACUUCCUUGCCUCUUUAUUCCUGUAUUGUUUUUAAUAUCCUCUAGACCCAUGAUAUUUCUCUCAUGCUCAUUAUUUCCGUUGGUUCUUUUAUUUGGCUUAUUUCUCAUGCCUCCAGAGCCCUUACUUCACACAUCCAUAUAUUAAUGUAGAGUCAUUUCCCUAUACAUUACUUACACAGUUGUUUUUCUGCGUACAUUUCUUAUAGCUUCUACCAGGUACCUAAAUUUCUCUCUCUUGCUACAUUUUGGUUCAGUUUAUCUCGUCAUUCCAUUUUCUGACAUCUACGUAUUCUCAGAUAUUUGUUACACUCCACUAAUUGAUCUCCAUUCAAGUAAACAUUGAUGUGUGUUUGUUUUGUCUGUCGUACUCUCUUAAUUUUGUACCGUGAUGUACAUAAAUUCCGUCCACUGUGUUAGAAAAUGUACGCUUGCUUAUAUUUUUUACAUUAGUUGCCAUUCUAUCACCUUAUUGUUUGAAGAAAAUGAUAAUUCUUCAGUAAUGUUUAUGGAUGCUGUUUCAUGAGAAUAAUGAAGCUUUAAUAGUCGGGUGUAUAUCCUCUGUGAGCAACAUUCCUGAUACAGCAUAGAUUACUAGUAUAUGCUUCAAAUUACAGUAUGGUUCUUUACACAGUAUUAUUAUGGGCAUUGGAUAUUACACCUUUUAUUUAUAUAUAUAUAUGCAUUUAGUUAUCAAGGAGUUUUUUUUAGAUUUUCAUCAUUAUAGCUGUGUGGGAUGAAAUUAAUUGACAGGCAAUUAAUCAGGUUGAAUUUUGUGAUGCCAUCACAUGUACAGUAUGUUCUCUUAAUAUUGGACUGGUCUGUUUGAGGUGUUCAGGUCUUACGGAAUUUGGAUGUAUUUCUGAAUCUCUUGGAUUGUCCGGCAGCCACAGAAGACACAACAUUCUCUUGGGAAAUAAGUUUGCCUAGCGGCAUGUAAGUCAGAGAACUUAUUUGUUAUUAUUAUGAAUGUACAGUGUUUCUUAAAAGGUUUUUCAUCUGAGAGGAAUUUUUUUUAUAAAAUUCCAGUUAUUGAGGAUCUGGUACUGUACUUAGAAAUAAUUUAGUCCACCUUGUUUAAAUAUAUAUUAGUGCAGUAUGUAUGUAUGUCAAGCUUAAUGCAAAUAGAACAUUAGUGCAAAUAUACCUAACCUAACCUAUCCUAACCUAACCUAAAAUAAGGAAACAAGAUUAUUUUAUGUAAAUAAUUCUGUUGUUGAGCAGUGCCCUCAGUUUAUCAUUAUAUAUUACACUACAACUUCACUAAGCUAACUAAUAAUCCAAACCAACAUAACAUUACCCAACUCAAACUUACCUAACAUAAUUUUUUUUGUCAUAGUUAUGUUAUGAUGGUAAAUUAUAUCUUAAAUUGAAAAAAAAUUACAAUGUAUGAACUAAUUUCUGUUAGUUGUGGCAAUUAAAACAUAAUGUUAUCCUCAUGUAUCAGAACCAUCAGUUGCUUUUCAAGGUUUAAUAUGAUGAUUAUCCUGAAAAACGUGAUAUAUACUUGUAUGAAAACCUUUCUCAAAUAAAUUUUUUAUAAAGCAGAUCACCUUUCACAAAGACUCAUUAUAAAAGCUGAAAUACAUUCCUAUGAAAAAAAAUCCUUCCCAACAAUGACUUACAAUACUACAAGACAUGUUUUAAUGAGAAAUUUUGGUGUGCAUAAUGAUUUUAAGCCAAUAAUAAACAUUGUAAGUGAUGGACUGUACUUGUGGUGGAGGACAUGAAUGUUAAUGAGAAACUGCAUCAUUGAUUGUGAUGCAGUGUGAGAGAGUGAGGCCCAGCCAAGACAGAUGGUUUUAAUUUUGUAGUGAUGUACCAACGGGGAAGGUUACUGCACUACAUAUAUACAGUAGUAUACAUAUUGAGUUAUUUUGCUCUCACAGGAUUUGAUUUUUGAUGUGGUUUUAGCUGAAGAAGAAAUGGUAAACUUAUCCAUUAAACAUUUUAUUCUUUCCAUUAACAUCAAAUUAAACUCUGGGGUACUAAACACAUCACUGCUCCCACAGUUGAAAUAUCUUUUGACAGUGUCUUGCCACUGCUCUGCAUAGUAAUCUUGUGAAUCAUGCAGGGGCAGAUCUAGGAAUAUCAAAAGGGGCGUGGGGGUCCAAGACGUUUUGGGUGGGGGAACGUGGACUAGUAAAACGAGUCCAACCAGAAAGUGUUUAGAAAUGUGACCAAUAUCAUGGGCAUUUUGAGUCCAUGUACACUUGAUAUUGGGAGAGAUUCUGAGGUCACUUGUAAUUACUUUUUACUCUUCAAAAAUGCCUAAGUACAAUACUGCAUUAUAGAAAAAGUACUGUAUUGGAAUUUUCUGAUGAAACGGGGGACUGGACCUCCAGGACCCCCUCUGGAUGUGCCCUUGUCAUGAUAACUAUAACACUAUACUGUAUGUAUUUUAUUUCUAGUUUAGUUAACCAUUUUUAAUACAUACAGUACUGUAUGUUGGUUAUAGUUUGAAAGUAAUUGUCUUCAUAAGCUGACCAGCUCCUUUAUGGGAAGCCCUAAAAUGCCUGUGACAGCAUAUCAACAUCUUCAGAUACUGCCCAAAAAAUUUUAAAUUUUUUUUUAAAUAUUUUUUGUAUGUAUAUUGAGACAUGGGACAAUUUUUUUCUUAUCCUCAGAUUUCUGUAAACUGGAUAUUCAACUGUCUCUAUAUGCAUCCACACUCACAGGUACUGUACUGGCAUAAAUAUACAGUGGCACAUUUGUAAUCAGGUCUCUCAAAGGACUGUGGCUAAGUGUCUACUUUAGUAAGGUGUUUACAGUGGUGGACAAAGUACUGGAAAACAUCUCUAUACUUGAAUAAAUGUUUGUACUGUUAGUCUGAGAAAACUUACUCAAGUAAAAGUACUCUUUCUUUGUGUUACUUAAAGUGCUGAGUUAUGAUAAACUGGAAGCAUGUGUACUCACUGAGUUCUGUUUGUCAGGGAAAAUAUCACACACUGACUGCUGUGAUGCCCAGAAUAGAGUACCUACUGUACUGUAAAGAGAGACCUGAAAAAACGUGAAGUUAGAACACCUCUGCCAACUAGUUUCUGAAAUAUUACUCCAGUAAAAUUACAGAGAAGACAAGUUACUUUUGAGAAACUUAUUUUUUUUAAAUUAGUCAUUUGAACUUGAAAAUCAAAUAUUGUAACUUUAUUUUGUAACCGAACUCCUCAGAGUGUUUGUUGUGGUGAAUAUGGAAAAAAAAAAGUUGUACAGCAGUUUAGAAAAUUUGUCAACUAUUAAAGCUGUUAAAAAAUCAUGGCUUCUAUUCAUACUUUAUAUAACCGAACAUUGGUUUAGUCACCAUUCUUGAUGCGGAUUCCCCCCUUUAAAAGUACUAAGUAUAACCUGACACUCAAGUGCCUGCUAAGCUACAGCACCGCACUGUGCCUUAAACUAACAUGCAACCGGCCACCCUGGUAAGGAUUCAUUUCCUCCCAGCUUUUCAGAAUCCUGAUUACUGAAACAUUUGUGAUCUAAAAACAUUAUUACAGUACAGUAACCGAUUAUUAUGAACUGAAAUGUUUAUUAAAAUAUUCAGGACUUGAGUGAACUCCACCUGAAAUGUUUAUUAAAAUAUUCAGGACUGAGUGAACUCCACAUUACUGAGGUUUCAUAAUUAUCAAGUGCUUUGAUUGUAGGGCUCCACAAUUGUCAUGUUUUAUUACUGUAAAUAUAGGUGUUGACUUGUACAUUUUAAGGUUAUAUAAAUUGUUUAAAAUGAUUAUAUAUACUGUAAUACACAUCAAAAUAAAGA